AGUGUAUGCUAAGCUAUCAAAUCAAAACAUCAACAUCUUAGUUUGUAUUAUAGGUGACAAAGCAAAUUAGUGUAAUAUCUAAUAGUAUAUAAUAAAUUAGAUUUUUUUUACAAUAUGCCAAGGGCCACUAAAAACAAGCCGUGGGCCGAAAAUGGCACCCGGGCCGCACCUUAGACACCCCUCCCUUAAAGGCAUGACUUGCCGUUGUUUCUUUAAACAAUUUUUUAUUGUUUUAAAACGAUCCACAUGUUCUAGUUUCCCAAAAUGUUGCAUUGAAGUGUGAACAGCAUUCCAGUAGUCAUGAGGCCGUGCUGGUCUGAGUCACACGCUAGAGAGAGAGAGAGAGAGAGAGAGAGGGAAAGAGAGAGAGCGAGUGAAAGUCACAUACACCGUGCGUCCCAGUCUGACUGACCGACUCUUGCAGUAUAGCAUCUGGAAACGUCUGCUAAAAAAAAUGGGCAUCUGGACUGGAAUCAAAUAAUCAUUGCGUUAUUGACGUGAAAGGACUCUGACCAGGAACGCAGGGUUUGGCUCCCGCUGAGAAGAUGGAGGACGUGAACGAGGACGUGAAGGGAGAGAGCGAAAUGGCUGAUACACAGAGCAACAACAGACCCAAAUGGACAAAUGGUCAGUGUGUUUUGGCAGUGCCGAGCUUUUCGCUGUUAAACCCCAGCUUUGACCUCUCUUUGUGCAGCGCCACGCUGGAGACCAACGGCUUCCAGGUUCCUGUCGCAGACAUGGAAGCUCCAUUAAGAACAGCGCUGGAUGUUCCUUCAGUCAGAAGAUACAUGAUUUUCAACUCGGCCCUCUUCCAUUUUGUAGUGGCGCCGUUUCUGUAUUUGGUUUUGUGGUGCGCGGUUUUCUCCACCCUGCGCCUCUACAUGACCGUCGGCGACUACUGGAUCCUAUGUCUCUGCGUCAGUCUCAUCUCCAUCUUCCUCACCACUGCCAUCAUCUUCGUUCUCAACCAGAGCAAAAAGGAGAUCAACAUGAACUUGGAUGUGCGGCUCAUCCAGGUGAACGAGAGGAUGGUCAAGCACAAUCUGCUGGUGGCUGUGGCCGACUGGGUGCACAACUGCAGAGGAAGCAUGCAGCUCUACUUUGUGUACUGGGACAUGUCUCGUUGUUUGACAACGUUGACUGAAACGUUAGAGGAAAACGUUUCAGCGGCCGUUGACACCCGUAGCAAACUGAAGAAGAUGUCCCAUCUCAUCCUCGUGACCGAGGUUGGUGACCCAGAAGUUGCCGGCUUGGAUGUGGAACAGGCUUCGGGAGAGCAAAGGCCUCUGCUGAGAAAUGAGGACACGGGCUGCAGUUCCUCUUACAACCAGAAGGACGGCGCUAAAGUCACUACAAGCUACAGCCUCAUACCCGAUGCAACCUUACCUGCUCAGGCUCGAGCUUACCAGCUGCUGAUGACCUACAGCGCCGCCUACGUGAAGCUGCUGGUGUCCGAGAGGCUGUCCGGACCGUCGCAUCAUCGCUUCCGACCACGGACGAAUCACUGCACCACGGCGCCGUUCUGCCUCUGCCAGUUCAUCAAACUCAAGAUCCUGGAAUAAUACAACAGGCUGGAUGCCAAACAACAACAAAAAUACAUAAAUGGACUCAGGGCCUUUUUAAUGGACUGAGCUACGUUUUCAUCCCCUAUCAUUAUGUUAGGGGUGGCAAAUCCCUGCCAAAACAUGCGCUGAGAACCACCCACAGGAAGUUGGCACUCAGGUAGGCGUGCAGCGUGAGGCCACGUUAAACAAUCUGAGAGACGGCGGUUCUCGUCAGGAGGCUAAAUGGCCAUCUGUGAUCCUGUGCACAUGAGGAUGGCUCAGCCUCCGUCUUUAGUUCCUCCAUCCAACCACGUUGGGAUUGGUCUGAUCCGCUGGUCUCUUGGCUGAAAAUCGUUUUAAUAAAGUGUAGGAGCUCAGGCGACAUGAACUCAUCCACUGUGUGGUGGCUUGUGUUUCUGUUUAACACAUAACAACCUAGACGCAUUACUUCUUCAUAUAGUCGGACAAUUCAAAGACAGUGAUAUUGUAAUACUGUACAACCGUAUUACCAGCAACAAGCAAUAUAUCAUUUAUGUUACAUUUUGGUAAAUGAAUGAAAACAAUAAAUAAGAAACCACUGAAAAAUAGAAAAAAAUACAUAAAUGAAUAAUUAAGUCGUAAAAGAAAAGGGAAAAAAAAUUCUAGUGGUAUUAAUAGGAGGUGUGGGACGCUUGUUCAUUCUGAUAAAAAUGCAUUUUAAAAAAUAAAUGAGAAAAAUAAAUACAUGGAAAAAUAAAAAAUAAAAAAAAUCAAAGUAAAAGAAAAGAAAAGAAUCAAAAGUGUAGCAAUAACGUUUUGUAGUAAAAGAAAAGGAAAGAAGGAAAAAAGGAUAACGUGUAGUAGUAUGAAUAGUAUAAUAUUACCCAUUUUAGCAGUAAAAAAUGUAACUAGUGUGGUACUAUUAAUAAAGGUUGUAGAUAACUUUUUCAAUAUUAAAAAAAUAAGUAAAAUAACAAAACAAGUGAAUGAAUAAAAACAAUAGCACGUAAAAGAAAGAAAAGGAUAAGUGCAGUAGUAAAGUUAAUAUGGGUUGUAAAUAGCUUGGUCGGUAUUUAAAAAUGAAAUAAUAAUAAAACCAUAAGUAAGAAAAAAAGAAAAACAAACUUAUUCCUUUUUUUUUUUAAAGAAUCAUAAAAAAGAAAAGCAAAACAGACAAAAAGUUGGCAUAAACCUGCCAGCUUAUAAUACUUUCAAAUAAUGGUGACUGAAUUGAUGAUAACGACAGCAAAGACGCACUUUUGACUGCGCAUCUGGCAACAAUCAACGUCCACCCUUUUCCUGGCAACCCAUAUGACUUUUCCACUAUGUGCCUUCGUUAUCCAGCGCACUGACCUACAUGCUGACAUCGCUGGCACCGCAUCACCAGUCAUUUAACACACUUGGGAAAGCAUAACAAUGGAGUCCCCCUUAACCCCAAACAUGCACAAGACGGCAGGGCGUGAAACACCGUGUCGUACGAAAACAGGUCAGCUAUAAAUAACACGGCGGUGAUGAAGGUACACAAAAGACAAAGAGGUGAAAAACACACCCGAGAUGUCACUGACAGAGCUUCAUCCUUUAUUUUAUUCAGAAGCAUAAACCAUCAGCAUCAAACACUUGUAUUUAUUUGUCAGCCUGCUAUCACACGGGGUCUUUUAAAUCAAAUACGGAACAGCUCACAAUAGAAAGCAUGAGAGAGCACUAAAGGAAAUGCAGCGUAUUCAACUAAAUAUGCUAAGACUGACUUGACUAUUUAGUAAAAACACCAACUGUGCAUUAUUAUCUACUUUAGAACAACGCUGAUUGGAAAUUUACCAUGUCUUCUGCUGGAUAUUCCAUCUCAUUGAAAUAUACGGGGUGUCCCUAAAGUCUGGACAUAUCAUACACAUAAAAAAAGUACCCCGCCUGUCGCCCGAAGUCAGCUGGGAUAGGCUCCAGCAUGCCCCCGCAACUCUAAGGAGGAGAGGCGGCAUAGAAAAUGGAUGGAUGGAUGGAAGAAAUCAUUAAAUAUGUAAUAAUAAUUUUAAAAGCAAUGAAAAAAUAAACCAUAAUAAAUAAAAGAUUAUAUUUCCGAAUUUAAAAAAUACAUUAAAAAGAAAAAAACAUGUAUUUAUUCAUAUUAUGUCAAUAUUUAAGUGAUUUAUUUUUUUUUUACAAUUAGAUAAAGUAUGCAUUUUUGUGUCCAGACUUUAGGGGCAUCCUGCUAUUCCAUGAGGUUAUGACAACAAAUAAGUGCAAUUCACAUUAUACAUACUGUAUAUAUGUCACAUAGUUAUGUCAGUGCCACGAGAGUAUUGUUUUUCAACGUAAUCGUUUUAUAUUUAACAAAAUAACAAGUGUGAGAAACCAGUUGAGCGUUUAAUUUGAUUGAUUGGAGUGUCGACUGAACAAGAUUUACAAGCGACGGUUUACUGUGCAAGCGUAAAAUAUAAUCAAUACUUUCGGUGCAACGGGUUUUAGAGCAAUACAUUUUUAAAUAAGAAAUAUGCGCAAUGCCUUUCAUUUCAUUGCAUUGCCUGAUUGUUUUUUUUUUUUUUUUUUUAGCAAUAUAGCAAAUUUGGUUGUUGUUUUUUUUUUCAUUCCAACAUAACCAAAAACAAAACGAAACACUUAAAACACUUUUCGUUCCUUAAUAAUAUAAUUUUUGAAAACAGUACCAAAAAAGGGGAAGCAAGAUAUGUUAGAAACAUGUCUGGGAAUUAAAUGACAUGAGAAUUUAGAAAAAAGACCAAAGUACUACGAACCAGUCUGAGGCGUGAUUCAUUCAUUUUGAAGCUUUCUACGACGGAGUAUUAGGGCUACAUUUUUUUUUUAUUACGAGAAAAAAAGUCGAAAUAUUACCUUUGCCCAAAGCCAAAGGUGACAUAAGUCCCACCAUUCAUACCUGUCUCAAGCAAUGCCUGUUACGACGGAGUAUUAACAUAAUCUGAGAUUUCAAGAAUAAAGUUGUAAUUUACCACAACCAAGUCGUAAAUAUACAAAAAAAAUCUCGUAAUAUUACGACGAUAAAGUCCUACAUUUACGAGAAAGAACUCGCAACUUUAUGCUACAGGCAUUGCCUGAGACAGCUAUGAAAAGGGGGGGGCCUUAUGUGACCUUUGGUCUUGGACAUGUAGAGGGGGCGGGGUGCGGAAGGCGGAAGUGAGAAGGGCUAGACAUGCUAAUCUAAUCUAAUCUAUUGUAUUGUAUUGUAUUGUAUUGUAUUGUAUUGUAUUUGUAUUUGUACUUUAUUUAU